AGAGUGUCGCCAUGGAAGCCCGAGGGGCUUCGGCGGCCUCAGUCCAGGCUGGGGUACUACAUUAGGCCCAACCGAGUCGCCCCCGCCAUCUUCCCGGCCCAGACACGGAUUCCCCGAAGCGCUCUCGGCAUGGGGGAACCUGAGGACGUCGUGCCCGAUUCGGGUGCUGUAUUUACAUUUGGAAAAACUAAGUUUGCUGAAAAUAUUCCCAGCAAAUUCUGGUUUAAAAAUGAUAUACCUACAUAUCUUGCAUGUGGAGAUGAACAUACUGCUGUUAUUACUGGAAAUAAUAAACUUUACAUGUUUGGCAGUAACAACUGGGGCCAGUUAGGAUUAGGAUCAAAGUCAGCUGUUUGCAAACCAACAUGUGUCAAAGCUUUAAAACCUGAAAAGGUGAAACUUGUUGCCUGUGGACGGAACCACACCCUAGUUUCAACAGAAGGGGGCAAAGUAUAUGCAGUUGGAGGAAAUAAUGAAGGCCAGCUAGGACUUGGUGACGCUGAAGAUAGAAACACUUUUCAUCUAAUUGAGUUUUUUACAUCCCAGUAUCAGCUUAAACAGCUCUCUGCUGGAUCUAACACUUCAGCUGCACUAACUGAUGAUGGAAAACUUUUUAUGUGGGGAGAAAAUUCUGAAGGGCAGAUUGGCUUAAAUAAUGUAUCUAAUGUGUAUAUUCCUCAUGAAGUGACUGUUGGAAAACCUAUUGCCUGGAUCUCUUGUGGAUAUUACCAUUCAGCUUUUGUAACAAUGGAGGGAGAACUGUAUACAUUUGGAGAACCUGAGUAUGGGAAGUUAGGUCUUCCCAAACAGCUACUGAUAAAUCACAAAGUGCCCCAGCUGGUGCCUGGAAUUCCCGAGAAAGUGAUCCAAGUAGCUUGUGGUGGAGGGCACACAGUGGUUCUCACAGAGAAAGCUGUGUACACCUUUGGGCUGGGACAGUUUGGCCAGCUGGGUCUUGGCACUUUUGUGUUUGAAACUGCGGAACCAAAAAUCAUUGAAUCUGUUAAGGACCACAAAAUAACUUAUAUUUCCUGUGGAGAAAAUCAUACAGCUUUGAUAACAGAUAUAGGCCGUAUGUAUACUUUUGGAGAUGGUCGAUAUGGAAAAUUAGGACUUGGAAUGGAGAAUUUUACCAAUCAGUUUGUUCCUACUUUGUGCCCUAAUUUUUUGAGAUUUAAAGUUUAUUUGGUUGCCUGUGGUGGAUGUCACAUGGUAGUUUUUGCCACUCCACGACUUGUUCUAGAAAGAAUUGAACUUGGGGAAAUUAGUGAUUCCUGCAUACCUGAAGCAACUUCUUUGCCCAUCAGCGACCUGACCUCAGGAAAUGUACUGCAUAGGACUUUAUCAGCACGAGUGCGUCGAAGAGAGAGGGAGAGAUCCCCAGAUUCUCUUCAAAUGACACAGUCGCUACCUCCAAUUAGAGGGACUCUUGGUUCACCUGUUGAUUUUUCCCCAAGUUCAGUUCCUUUUUGUGUAUCUACAAGUAAUCUGCUAGAGAAAAUUAUGACUGAAAGGGAGGACCCCAUGAAGCUCAUGGAACCAGAUUAUUUUCAAGAUAAAAUGACCAAAGCGAAGGAUACAGACAGUUCUUCAUCAGCGGAUUCAAAAAGCCUUGGAGAAACUACUGAUGUCUUAAAUAUGACACAUAUGAUGAGCCUAAAUUCCAAUGAAAAGUCUUUAAAAUUAUCACCAAUUCAAAAACAAAAGAAACAACAAUCAAUUGAGAAACUGAAGCAGCACACAGCUCAUACUGAAAAUGAUGAUAGCAGUGAAUAUGAAAGUGAAGAGAUGUCCCAAAAAAUGAAAGAAGGGAAAGCAUAUAAACAAAUUUUGGCUACAGGAAUAUACAUGAUACCAACAGCUGGGAAGGUGGAAGCAUGUUCAGAUGAGGAUGUAGAAAUUCCAGAGGAAGAGGAAGGAGCAGAGGAUUUAGAAGGAAGUGGAAUAGAGGAGCAAGAGGUAGAGGAAAAUGUGGAGAUGCCUGGAGGAAAGGAGGAUGAGGAAGCAGAGAUCCUGUCAGAUGACUUUACAGACAGAGCAGAGGGUCGCACACUUUCAGAAAAUGAAGAACCAGAAGACGAAGAAGAUGAAAUUAGUGAACAUCUGGAAGAUGAGAAGAAAGCUGUGGGAGACAAUAAAAAUGUUCCUGCAGAUGACCAGAGUGAAACCAGCGACAGCUCAGUUGAAAAGGACAAAAAAAACAACCAAGAGGAACCGGCCAUUUCUGAAUACAAUGAAAAUCCAAAAGGCAGCAUACGUGAGCUCGCAAAGAGCAGUUCUUCAAAAGUCCUGGAAGAAAGUGUAUCCACACCAGGUAAAGACGUGAAAGUAUCAAAGAAGACUUACCUUUUUAAAAGACUGUCAUUGAUGAGUAUGAAAAGUAUGCUGAAUAAUAAUGAGCCACUUCCAGAGAUAAAAUCAGUAGGAGAUCAAAUAGCUUUAAAAAGCAAUAAGAAGGAUUUCAAACAGAGCCACAUUGGGCAAAAUAAUCAGGAUACGUCACCCCCAAAUACUGAGAAAACAUCAAAAUCCUGUGUAAUACUUUAAAUACAUAUUUAUGUGGUCACCAAGCACAUUGUAGUUUAUACUUGAAAAACAUGACUUCUUAAGGAAUGUUUCUGAUAACAAACUUGAAGGUAUAAGUUAAUAUGCUUUAUUUGGUUUGAAUAGUAUGACCAGUUUUGAUAAUUUAUUUAUGCUAAUAUUUUUGACAAGCAAUUUCAAAAUAUGUAUAUCUCAAACUCUAAGUGUUGUGGCCUUAACUGUUCAGUGUUUCAUAAAAAUAUAUUUUUAUAUGUGAAGGUUGAAUUAAGAUUUCACAGUUUUUACUAAACAGUUUUACAUCUUGUAAUUUCAUAAGGCAAUAUUUACAACCUCAAGACACUGUAACAGUUUUUAAUGUAUUUGCAAUUUUUAAAAACUGCGUCAAAAUUGUUUUAAAUAAGCAUAUUUUAAUAAACUAUAUCUGGUCAGUUCCACUGUUUAAA